UGGACACUAAAGGAAUCUUCCUAACAUGCACAGACACUGAGAUGAUUGUUGAGAUCCCCAAAUCACUCCUGACUGGUGACAUGUCGGGUGAGAACGUUCGUUUCGAGAACGAAAUAGACCCUUAUAAUACCUACUGCAUGGGAGAAGACACAUCUAACCGUGCCAAUGAGACAAUCAUCAAACUCACUACAAACCUAACCGCGUGCGGAACAAACAUGACCGAAAGUGACGACGAGGAGACAUACACCAACCGUGUUAUCAGCCGUUACCUAGAUGAUGAUGUCAUCAGUCGUCAUUACGCCAUUUAUAUCCCUCUAUCAUGCUCGUACAAUAGGAAUAAACGUGUUGGGGAAGUCCACUACCAACUCACUGACUACACCAUCAACAAGAGACUUGAUGAGGAGGGUGACUACACCUUCUUAUUCGAUAUCUACACGGAUUACACCUAUAAGGAGGCUGUAAAACCCUACCCUUUCGUCAUUGGCCUCAAUGAAAAACUGUACUUCGCUGCAUCUGUGCUGUCUUUGGACAAUACCCUCGACCUUUCCAUCCGUUCCUGCAUAGCCACACCAACUUCGGAUUACGACUCUGACGACAAUUUCGAGUUUAUUGGCAAUGCCUGCUCACUUGACGGCGAUGACACCAACAUCACCUAUCUUACAAACUAUAGCAUAGGAGUGGAGAUGAACACUUUCAGGUUCAUCAAGAGGGAAGAUAUGGUUUAUAUCCACUGUGAUCUCCUGGUAUGCGAUGCCGGAAAAACUAAAUCCCUUUGCAAGGAAAGAUGUAACACCUCGACAUCAAUGAUCACAGGGAGGAGUAGGCGUGACGUCAGCAGUGGAUUAAAGACCAAGCGAUUUACCCGAGGACCUAUUCGAGUACGACGCGCUGCACAGUCACAGGAAAGCAUUUCCCGAAUUGACAUUAGCCAGAGUGGAGUUUCAACACAACAGGAAGUUACCAACGCUUUCAACCCAUGGGUGGUUGCUAUGGCUGCUAUGGCAACCGUUGUCAUGGCAAUGGCCGCCAUGAUGGUAGUAGUCCUCCGCAAAGUCAGCAAUAUCUCUGCAGCACCAAAGCGGGGUCAGUACAAAGAAGAAUCAGCUAGACUUCUUGAUGAGAGCGAAUAAAUAUAAUUCCAGUGAUCCGGUACAUCCUUAGGAUAUUGCAUUGCAGACCUUUUAAGGGGAGGAAGUUGAAACAUAAACAUUCAUCACGUUAUUGGAUACAAAAGAAUAACCUGGCAAAUAUCAAAAGCAUCAGCGUCGUUUACUCUGUUUUAUUUGGUUCCCAUUCCGUCAAUACAUUAAAAAAAAAUCAAAGAUAAAUUCAUACUCUUCACUCAAUGUGGAUUGUAAUAGGUUAGGUGUUUUUUUUUUUCAUUAUAUGGUAUAUUCCACAGAGAAUUGGCUGCAUAUAGGAUAAUGUAUCUAACAGUAAAAUGAAAACUACAUGUAAUUUUCCUAAUGAGAUCUUUACAACUAAAGAGAAAUCGCUUGACAAGAUAGAAGGGAACUAAUUGUGCUCCGAAUUUAAUUAUCUUUUGUCUUGAAAAAUCAUUCAAAUAUAGAAUAAUUUCUUAACAUUUGAACAUUACUAAGAUAAGCAAAUAAACGAAGACUUUC